CUAACCAAUCACCAAUAUUUGAAUUAUUCAUGGUGUACCAAAUUGUAAGUCAUGGUUAUUUUGUUAUUUCCGUGAUUGCAACUGAUACAUUCAUUAACGGAUGCUUAUUACAUAUUUACACACAAUUAUUGAUCAUACGGAAAUCUAUCAGUCUUUUAAGUGAUUCGACAUUUAUACCAAGAGAUGCAAUUGGGAAGAUAAUUCCAUUAGACACUAGGUUACGAAAGAUUAUUUAUCAUUAUGCCGAAGUUUUGGAUAUUUCCAACGACAUACGCCCAAUAUUAAGUCUAAAUUGUUUUAUGAGUUCAUGCGUCACAAUUUUUGGACUGUGUAUAUCAUUAUAUGGUUUCAUAAUUAUUGAAGAAAAAAUUCGAUUUUUGGUUCCUGCUUUUUAUGUUUUAUUGUAUACAUUACGAAUUUUUUCAUCUUGCUUCUGGGCGGAAAAAUGUAAAACAGCAUGUCAAAAGAUAGAAAAUGAAAUUAAAUCGAUUAAUUGGAUACCGUACAACAAAAAACAUAAACAUGCUUUAAUAAUGUUGCUUCGUCAAGUACAAAAAAACAUAAUUUUUAAAAUUCCAAUUAUUGGAGAAGUGUCAAUGACUUUAUUCGACAAGAUUGUCAAUCGCGCAAUAUCUUAUUUUUUAAUUUUAAAAAGUUUUCAUGAUGCUAAAAAGUAAAAAAAAAGUUACCUAAUGAAUUACAUAAAGUUUCAAAAAUUAAAGCACAUAAGAAAUACUAUUCAAUAAGU